UUCCAUACACGUAAAAGUGAAUCAAUAAACAACGGGCAAACCCAGGGCUGAACCAUAGCGAACAACGCUCUAUUAUCAUCGAUAUUUCUCAUACAACAUUGAACAACAUUCAUACGUGCACGUAUUUAAAAUUGAAUUGUUAAAAUGUGGCUUCUCUUAUGGGUGGCAGCGACUUUGAUUCUCAUACGAAUGUUGAACAAAUUAUCCAACGGGAGAUGUUACGCCGACACCGUCAUGUCCGGGAAAGUGGUGAUAGUGACUGGUGCCAACAGUGGUAUAGGAUACGCUACAGCUUUGGAGUUGGCCAGGCGUGGCGCUAAAGUGAUAGCCGCGUGUCGGGACGACGAAAGGGGGAAAGCGGCGGUCUCUUCCAUCAUCAAACGUACUGGCAACCAAAGUGUCAAGUACAUUCAUUUGGACCUGAGCUCGUUUGAUUCAAUAAGGAAGUUCGUUAAAGAAUUCAAGAGCUCCGAAGCGAAAUUGGACGUUUUGAUAAACAACGCCGGAGCCGGUGGUCUGGGCAGGAAGAAGACUGCAGACGGGAUCGUUAGAGACAUGCAAGUCAAUCAUUUUGGGCCAUUUUUAUUGACUUUACUAUUAGUGCCCAUUCUGAGGAAGUCCGCGCCGAGCCGUGUGGUGAUAGUGUCUUCAAUUUUACACAAAUUCGGAACGAUUGCGAGAAUCAACGAAGAGAAUGCUUACGGCUACUUCCAGACUUAUUGUAACAGUAAACUUUGUAACGUGCUGUUCAGUAAUGAGUUGGCAAGACGUCUGGAAGGUACUGGUGUGGUGGUAAACAGCUUACAUCCAGGUCAAGUGAACACGUCUUUAUACAAAGCGACAGCGUUAGAAAAGCUGAGGAGUUUAGUGCUGUACACUUUCUUCAAAAGUCCGGAGGAAGGCGCUCAGACUUCUAUAUAUUUAGCCGUGUCGGACGAGUGUGACCUUGUGUCGGGAAGAUACUUCGCUGAUUGUGAGGAGGGUAACAUGUCGGCUAAAGCGAGGGACGAAGGCUUGGCGAAAAGGCUGUGGUCCAUGUCAGAGCAAUUGGUCAAGCUGAGGCCGGAGGAAGCGAUUUGAUUACGGAAAAAGAGCAAGGAAGCGGUUGGUACGGUGGGCUCAGGAGAUAGCCGUGCCACCUCGCCUUGAUUGGUAUGGUAGGUGGUCCAGUUAUCUCUUGAGACGUGUGUACAAUUAACAUUAAUCUAAAGUAAGUUUGGUGAGAGGUUACCACCGCUUUAAAAAGGAGGAUAAGAACGGUUUAAACUAUAGAAUAUGAAGUAGCAAGCAUAACAUGAAAGACAUUUUACUGACUGAACAAAAUACGAUGAACAAGUUGGACUAAGUAAUUUAUUUUAAAUAAUAAAAAUGUGAUAUUUUAAAGAAAU